AUGAGCAAAUUCUCCGACUACAAUUUCGCCGGUCAGAAAGCCCUGGUGCGCGUAGACUUCAACGUGCCGCUGGACAAACAAACUUUCGCCAUUACAGACGAUAACCGGAUGAGGGCCACCCUCCCUACCAUCAAAAAAAUAUUGAAAGACGGCGGCUCCGCCAUCCUGAUGAGUCACCUGGGCAGACCCAAAGAUGGCCCCGAAGACAAAUCUUCUUUACAACACCUGGUAAAACAUUUAAGUGAAUUGCUGGAUGGCGCCACCGUAUUGUUUGCCAACGACUGCAUCGGCGAGCAGGCUUACCUUACCGCCAAUAUGUUACGGGGCGGCGAAGUACUGUUGCUGGAAAACCUGCGUUUUUACAAAGAAGAAGAGAAGGGCGACGCAGCAUUUGCCGAAAAACUCAGCAAGCUGGGAGAUGUAUAUGUAAACGACGCAUUUGGUACCGCGCACCGCGCCCACGCUUCUACGGCAGUCAUUGCCCAGUUCUUUCCGGCCGACAAAAAAAUGUUUGGCCUGUUGAUGAACGCUGAAGUGGCCAGCGCAGAAAAGGUAAUGCACGAAACGCAAAAACCUUUUGUAGCCAUUAUCGGUGGCGCAAAAGUGUCUGAUAAAAUUCUUAUUAUAGAAAACCUGCUGGAAAGGGCUACCGAUAUCAUUAUCGGCGGGGGUAUGGCAUAUACCUUCAUGAAAGCGCAGGGCGGCAAAAUUGGUAAUUCACUCUGCGAGGAAGACCGUUUGCAAACCGCGCUGGAUCUGCUGAAAAAGGCAAGCGACAAAGGCGUGUGCAUUCACCUGCCAUCAGAUUCUAUUAUUGCAGAUAAAUUUGCUGCAGAUGCUCAAACAUCUACCGCGCCCAGCAACAAUAUACCAGAUGGCUGGCUGGGACUGGACAUUGGCCCCUCGGCCUGCGACCAAUUUUCCAAUGUCAUCAAAAAGUCUAAAACCAUUUUAUGGAACGGACCCAUGGGCGUUUUUGAAAUGGCCAAAUUUCAGCAUGGUACAAAGACCAUUGCUACUGCCGUGGCAGAGGCUACGCAGUCCGGUGCCUUUUCGCUGGUAGGUGGCGGUGAUUCUGUAGCCGCGGUAAACCAAUUUGGCUUUGCUGAAAAAGUAAGUUACGUAUCUACCGGCGGUGGUGCCUUACUUGAAUAUUUUGAGGGAAAAGUAUUGCCUGGUAUUGCAGCAAUAAAAGAGUAA